GGAUAUUUGGGGUGGUUAGGGAGAUUGGGUGGGAUUUUUCGGAGCUGGUUAGGGAGGUUGGGAUAGAGUUGUCAGUGGUUUUCGGCGGCUGGGUGGGGUUUUCGGCGGGUUUACGACGGCUAGGUGAAUAGUGCAAAAGUUCAAUUGUUUCCAAAAAAAAGUCCAAUUAUUACAAUAUUGUGAAACAGAGAAAAUAUAUAUAAAUAACGAAAAAGCCAAAAUCAUAUGUGUAUUUAUGUCUAAUGGAUCGCGUUCCGAUCCUUAAGCGCUCUCUCUUACAAGGCAUCAAACAUAACUUCACUUACUCUAUGUAGUCAUACACAAAUUCAUGUCACAACUCACAAACCUUUUCAAGUCUAUCAUCGUUUAAUUUAUUUGUUUUCUAAAAUAUGCGCUAUUUAAAUGAGUUUUCCUCUACCCCAUCUACGCCACCACCACCAUCCUAUUACACCUAUGUCUCACCACCACCACCGAAUCAUUACAUACACACUUCACCUCCUCCUUCAUGUAGUCCCCCACAUUCGGGACAUCACAAAUCAUCUCCACCAUCAUGGCCACCUAUAACUGGAGUACCACCAGUAUCACCACCACCUUCGCCAUUUCCCCCAUAUCCACACAGCCCAUCACCGCCCUCAUUAUGGCCCCCAUCUCCACCCUCAUUGUCACCCCCACAACCAUCUCCACUUGGCCCACCACCAUCACGAUCACCCCCACAACCAUCUCCGCAUGGUGCAUCACCACCAUCAUUAUCACCCCCACAACCAUCACCACCUGAUCAUGGCACAUCACCACCCUCACUAUCACCCCAACAACCAUCACCACCCUUGCCCUCAGCCUCACCACCACAAAAUCAUGGAAUUCCCCCGCCAACAUCAUUACCACCAUCAACACCACCACCACCACCACAUGGUGUGGUUGUUCCUCUAGUAUCCCCACCUCAACCACAAGGCGGAGGGCCUAGCGGCGGCGGUGGAGUUCCACCAACGCCCGCAAUCUAUUCUUCACCACCACCUAGUGACAUCGUAAAACCCCCUCCCACCUCACCCCCAGGGCAACAUACUCAUAACAACACAGCAAUAAUAGUGGGUGCAUCUUUAGGCGGUUUCUUCUUCCUUGCGUUAUUAUCCAUUUGCCUAUGUUGUGUAGCUAAGAAAUUGAAGAAGCCUACACAAGUGCCUCCAGCUGCUGCAACUGAAUAAACCACCUCCAUCGGUUCCGGUGGCGGUGGUGCUGCUAGUGGAUGCGCGGCCGAAGGAUGUUACUACUAUGGUGGUACAUACUGUUUUUAGCUCCCGCCAACAAUAUUGUUAUUGCAGCUACUAAAUAAGCAAGAGGAAACUUCCUGAAUGAGUGAAUAAUGAUCCCAUCUUUUACUUUAAUUUUUUUUGUUGAUAAUUUCUGUUGUUUGUAUGCUUGAGUUGUGAUUAUUUGGUUGAAUUUCAUUUGAUCAUGUUAUGUUUAUCAAUUUGUACGCAAAAUUCAAUUCCAAUUAUUUUGGUCAUUUAAAAUUGUAAUUAUGUAAAAUUGAAAUAUGGCAUCAAAGUUUGUUGAAUGUUGGAGAAAAUAAAUAAUAUAAAUUGUUUUCUUGCAAGAAAACAGCUUUU